AUGCGAGAAGGGUGCCCGCCCUGCCUGCUGUUAACAAACGGAUACUUGGCCUCAACAAAACUCUCCAUAUCCCACAAAAACGACCCGAACGCAACCGCCUCAAGCACAAGCAUCGUGAGCCCCAAAACCCUUAACGAAACAGCCUCGUCAUUAGAAGCAUCCAAAGACCCAUAUUCACUCACCUUAAUAUCUGGCCUCCCGAACAACGCCUGUGUCUGCCUCUCGAUUAAAGACACUGCUUCCCCUGACCUCAUAGUCGCGUACCUUUGCAGUGUCUCCCCAUCCAAAUACGUCACGUACGAUCUCAGCUUGUACGAUUUUUUUUCUCCUUCAUCCCUUACCCCCGCCACGUCAUCAUCAUCCGGAAUCCGGGUCCCACAACUGCUUUUUUUCGGACAAAGGCUCGUCAAGUCUAAACGCCUGUUCUUCUUCUUCUUCUUCGCCAAAGCCCUCGGGAAGUGUGCCCAUGGAUCGUUCGAGUUGGUACCUCUCGUCGACUCUCCUGAGGAAGUACCCAUACAUGAUCGAGGCCGCGUACAGUUUUCCGAGCUUGAUUUUGCUGACGUGGACGAUUGUGUCGAGGGGGCCCACGGCUUGCUCGCCAAGCACGAGUGCCAGGUGGCUCGUUAUCAUCUCGAAUGCCUCGGGUCAAUCCUUCUGGAAGGUUCGGUGGUUAGGGUUAUUUUGGGGAUCAUGGAUAUUCGGUUGUCGAGGAAUCUUUGUACGAUUAGGCAAUACAUGAUGUCCUCGAGCGUUUUGCGGCGUUCUUUCUCUUUCACUUUGGCUAUUCUCCUGAUGUUGAAGAUAUUGAAGAUAUUGAGAGAAAAUAAAAGAAAACUUACUCAUAGAGGAGGAAAUCCUGGGCUGGUAAUGCAUUUGCCUCCUUUUGAUCGUCCCUCUGACUUUGAAGAUUCUCGAGCUGCUGUUCGGCAGAUGCCAAAAGUAGAUGUGGAUGGGUUUGCUGAAUUUGAGCCAAAAGCUCACCAACUGAGGACUCCAGCUUCAAAGGAGAUUCAUCUCCCAAGCUUACUGCAGCUAACGAAAAUGGCAGACAGGAAUAACAGCACACCAAUAAACAACAACAACAACAAGAUGGGCUCAAAAACGUUUCAAAACUUCACGCUCUAA